AUGAAGCGCUAUCUCAUCAUUACAGGAGAUGAUUUUGGUUUUAGUUCUGAAAGAAAUAAAGGUAUUAUGGAGGCCUUUAACAAAGGUGCUAUUAAAAGUGCUUCUCUUUUGUUAAACUGUACUGGUACAGAUGAUGCUGUGUCGCUGUUUAAGUCAAGUGAUCUUUGCCCAGGUCUUCAUUUGAAUUUAACAGAGGGAAAACCAGUUGGUACAACACAAUAUCAGACACUGGUUACACCAGACAACAUCUUUAAAGGCAAAUUUGGCCUCAGAAAAGACCUAGAAGCUGGCUUAGUUGAUUUGAAUGAGGUCCAGCAGGAGAUCGAAGCCCAGAUCCAAAGAUACAAAGAACUGCUUGGAGAGGCUCCUGUUUAUGUUGAUGGGCACCAGCAUAUUCACAUCGAACCAGGUGUGGUAGACAUAUUUGCUGAAGCUCUAAACUGUCACAACAUUCAACUAACCAGGUACCCUGUAGAAAUCAACCUGGCCAAGAAACCAUGGGUGAAUCCACAGUACACUUCCCUGUUUUUCUCUGUGAUUGGCAAGGCUGAGAGGGCAGCACCUAUUUUUGAGAAAUGCAACAUCAAAACAUCAGACAGCUUUGCUGGUCUGUCUACGAUGGGAGCAGACAUGACAGCAGACAGACUAAAGCAUGUAAUCCUAGAGGCAUUUGUCGAUGCUGAAACCAGAAUGGCAAUACAACCUGAGAAGCAACAGCGUGACCACACAACAUGCGAACUGAUGACCCAUCCUGGGUACCCAACAGGCAGAGAUAAUGGAGGGUUCUCUUGGGGGUCAGAUGACUUUGGAUGUUCCACUGACCGUAUACAUGAGAUACAGGUUCUCAGUAGUGCUGAUAUGAUGAAUUUUUAUAAAGAAAAUAAUAUUGAAGUAGUGUCACACAGAAUUUUGUUGAAGUGA